AUGGAGGCUCCAGAGACUAGUGGGAGUAACCGGCCCACCAUGCUGCAGCCCACAUCAUGGUGUCACCCAGCUAAUAGAGUACAUAGAUUUUUUGCACUGUUGCUAAUGUGCUUCCUUUGUUUUGGUUCAUACUUUUGUUAUGAUACUCCCGGUGCACUGGCUGACAACUUCAAAGAUGACUCACACUUGAACACAUCCCAGUUUGCAUUGCUUUACUCAAUAUACUCAUGGCCAAAUGUGGUAUUGUGUUUCAUAGGCGGUUAUCUCGUUGAUAGGUACUUUGGCGUAAGAUUGGGCACAGUGAUUUAUAUGACAAUUGUGUUUAUUGGAGCUGUUAUAUUUGCAUUCGGAGUGUAUAUUAAUGCAUUCUGGUUGAUGAUACUUGGCAGAUUUGUGUUUGGUAUUGGUGGAGAAUCACUGCAAGUAGUAGUAAACAACUAUGUUGUCCUUUGGUUUAAGGGCAAGGAACUUAACAUGGUAUUUGGACUGCAGUUAUCAUUCUCCCGUUUCGGAAGUACUGUCAAUUUUUGGGUGAUGGAACCUGUUUACAGAUGGGUUUCCACAUAUUAUGGAGGAUAUGAAAGAUUGGGAGUUACAUUGUUCCUAGCCUCACUAACUUGCUUUGUGUCCCUUAUUUGUGGCGUGAUUCUUGGCUGGAUGGAUUACAGAGCUGAAAAAAUUCUAGGAAGACAAGAUGAACAAAGCAACAGUGAGCCCUUCCAUCUGACAGACAUUAGACAUUUCAAAUCAGUGUUUUGGCUGUUGUCUGUAAUUUGUGUGGCUUAUUAUCUAGCCAUCUUUCCAUUUAUUGCCUUGGGAAAAUUAUUCUUUGAGCGAAAAUUCGAUUUCUUGCCACAAGAGGCCAACAACGUCAAUUCCAUGGUUUAUUUGCUAUCGGCAGCUUUAAGUCCAUUCUUUGGCAUUCUCAUUGACAAGACUGGAAGAAAUAUGACCUGGGUUAUAAUAAGCAUUGUGACAACAAUUGGUGCACAUUUUAUGUUGGCUUUUACAUUCUUCAACCCAUAUAUUGGUGUGAUAUCAUUGGGUAUCUCUUAUUCCCUACUGGCUAGUGGUUUGUGGCCACUGGUAGCCCUAAUUGUUCCAGAAAACCAAUUAGGAACUGCAUAUGGAAUAUGUCAAGCAGUGCAGAACAUGGGCUUAGCUACAGUCAUAAUCUUUGCAGGAAUGAUUGUUGACAAAUAUGGAUACUUAAUGCUAGAAAUGUUCUUCUUAGGAUGUCUCUUUGUAUCACUGAUUGCGGCUGUACUUAUAUACAUAAUUGACUCAGCAAAUAAUGGAGUCCUGAACAUGUCACCAAGCAUGAGGGAGUCUACCAAGUCUACGGUUACACGAACUGACGAAACUGCACAUCUGUUAGAUAAUGAAGACUUUACAGAUCAAGAAGAAACUGAUUCAAGAAGACCGUCUGACGCGACGCAAGAUCAUAUGUCUAUUAAUCCACGUGACACCGCCCAAGCCCAGUCCGAUAGAAUACGCAGUAGAUACUUAGCACAAAUACUACCAAAUAGUAAUAAUUCAGAAAGAGAAUAG